CAAGCAGUAACGUUUCCGGUUUUUUUUUAAGUAAGUCUAACAGCUUGCUCGUGCAAAUCAUCCGGAUACAGCGAGAAUGGCUGGGAAUGUGAAAAGGUUUUACGAGCUGACAGCUAAGCUGCUGUCUGGACAACUGUUCAGUUUCUCGUCACUGAAGGGGAAAGUUGUUCUCAUUGAGAAUGUGGCGUCUCUCUGAGGAACAACAACCAGGGACUACACUCAGAUGAACGAGCUCCACAGUCGUUACACCGCCAGCGGACUCGUUAUCCUGGGUGUGCCCUGCAAUCAGUUUGGCCAUCAGGAGAAUUGCAAGAAUGAUGAAAUCCUCAGGUCUCUGAAGUAUGUCCGUCCAGGGGAUGGCUUUGAGCCAAAGUUCCAGCUCCUUGAGAAGGUGAACGUGAAUGGAGAGGAUGCCCACCCCUUGUUUGUUUAUCUUAAGGAAAAGCUUCCAUUCCCCUGCGAUGACGCCAUGGCUCUCAUGACUGAUCCAAAGUGUAUCAUUUGGAGUCCUGUGAGGAGAAACGACGUGUCCUGGAACUUUGAGAAGUUCCUGGUGGGUCCUGAUGGAGAGCCCUACAAGCGCUACAGCAGAAAUUUCCUCACCAUUGACAUUGAGGGGGAUAUUAAAGAGCUUCUAAAGAGGGUGAAGUAAAGAGUGCUGCGACACGUUCUGUGGCUGUUCAGGAUAUCAGCCAUGUCCAGCCUGGCCAAAAAGAUAAAUCAUGACCCAUCUGUUUGGGGUAUUUUAUCAUGUUUUCACACAUUCACAGUUUAAGUAACUUGCAACACUCUUACAUUUGUGAUAUUUCCAUUACAGUACGCUAUGGCUGUUCAGCCUAUUUACUCAAUGAAGACACUCUUUGAAACCUUAUUGUGAGAGGAGUUUCUGAUGAAGCUGUAAAAGACUGACUCUGCCACUGUGUACAACCCAUAUCACAAAUAUCUUCACUGGCUACUUGAAAAAGACAAAUAAACAUUUA